AUGGCAAAAGUAGUCUUUACGCCAUGGAAGGAGCAUUCGCAACUCCUCAGUGUUCGGAAUCAAUUCUAUCCUCCGCCUGGCUAUGAGGGACCAGAUAUGCGCUCCAAGGCCUGUGCUCUGGUUGGAGUAUGGAAACUACGUGGAAAUCUGCCGCACCCAGUCGAGGCUACCGCGCUUUUGACAGAUGCGAUUCUCCACGACGAUGCCCAGAAAAAUUCCAUCUUUUCGAUCCGGGCCACCUACUCGGCUGCUUUCUGUCGAUUCGUAACGGGUCUCGUCGACUCGAAGCUGCACGGACAGAAAAGGACCAUGUUCCAACGGGCGAUUGACCUCGGUCUCCCGGCCUCUUUUGUUGAGCUGCGUCACGAAGCCACCCAUCGAGAACUGCCCUCGCUUAUUGUCCUGCGCAAUGCGACGCAGCGCUCGCUUGAGUGGCUCUGGGACUACUACUGGGCCAAGACAGCCCUCGACUCUGCGCUUGUGCCUGGGGCGCCUGCUUCUGAAGUCGCUGGCAAUGGCGAAGAUCCUGUCAAGCACAUCCAAAACGCUGUCAGAGCUGCGCUCGAACAUCCAGCGAGUCAGGAGGAUAGUUCAGAGCCGCCACGGAAGAAGAGGAAGUCGGGUCAACACUCUUCCUUCCUUGCGACGCAGUUUGUGUCGAUAUGCAGGGCUAGCAGGGAUGGUCCGCGUGUGCUGUCGCGGGUCCUCAUUGAGGAUUCGGUCUUGGUCCCCAAGGGACGAAAGCUUGGAGAAAGUAUGGAUGAUUCGUUCGCUACGUGGGAUAAGUCCCUUCAGACGAUAGCAACAGGGCAGCCUGCCUUUUUACCAGCCUUGACCGAGGAGCUGGUUAAUGAGCUGGCUUUCACGAGUCGGUCGAACGCAAAGACUGAUCCUAAAUGCGAGGCGAUUUACAAGUGGCUGGACCACAUCUUAAGAUCUGCGCAAUGGAGCACAGCGCGGCAAGCUCUUUCCCUUGGAUACAUUCUUACUGUUUGUGAGAAGAGUGCGAACCACUGGACGAAUCUGCUGAAGGAUGCUGUUCGCCGGGGGAAUGAUGAUUUGAGUGCCAUCACCGGAGGGCGGAGCACCGUCUCAGCUCAAACACAGAAGAAAUCAUUGACCGGGACAUCGUCGCCUGGUGAUCUCCAGGGGCUACAAAAAUAUGGUUGGGAUACUGUAGAUACUUGGGAUAGCAGACCGAUAGGGGUGGUUUAA